AAUCGCAUUUCCCACAGUUACUCAACUUGCAUAAUGCACGAAGCAGCAUUCACGGGUUGACUGAGAAUAAGGACUAUUUAAAGUUUUAAAUUCCUCUAAGCUCGGAAUGACUCAACGGAUACUCAUGAAGGGCUUGUUGAUCCUGGCAUGUUUUGCCAUCACCAUCUAUGGUCAUGAAGCUGAGAACAGUGGCGCAAACCACAUGAGGAACAUUAGACGCGGCCCCCUUCAAGCUCACCUUCAGCAUUCUACAAAGAGAAUUGCGGGUCCAGGAUCUGAUAUUAAUGCUUUCAUCGACGAGCUGGGACCGAAACUCUCCCCAGGAGCAUCAAUUACCGUGGUUGGCUCUGAUGGAUUCGACGAUUUGACUGCAAGGUGGACUGCCUGGGCAGCUCCAGAUUUCCAGGCAACCGUGUCGGUCUACACGGAGGAGGACGUCAGCAACACGUACGAACUGCCUUGGCUGGCAGUCUCCGGUCGCCAUGGAGGUAUCCGAUCGCUUGGCAAGUUAAAGGCUGGAGUUCAAGUCAACAUGGCUCAUCUUGAUAGCCUUGUUAUCAGCGCCGAUGGCGAGACGGCCAGCAUCGGCGGGGGCAUGCUCUCAGGAGAGGUGACAAGUGCUCUUUGGGAUAAGGGAAAAUGGACAACUACCGGCUCAUGCGAAUGCACGUCGCUUGCUGGGCCGAUGCUCGGAGGUGGACACGGAUUUCUUCAGGGUCGCUAUGGUCUUGCUCUUGAUAACCUCGCCUCGGCGAGAGUUGCCCUCGGCAAUGGCACUAUUGUGGUAGCUAGCGAUGAGACGAACGCGGACCUUUUCUGGGCGCUUCGAGGCGCAGGACACAAUUUCGGCAUCGUGACAGAGGUUGAGUAUAAAAUCCACGACGUGCCUCCCUCCAACACAUGGAUCUUCGCCGAUCUAUACUUCACCGCAGACAAAGUUGAGGAGAUUUUUGCCGUUACAAACAAAAUUGCCGAGGGCUACCAACCUAUCGGGGUUAUCAGCUUUAUCGAAUAUCGGAGCUUGCCUGACAUGGACCCCGACAACCCAGUGAUCGAGGUACUGCUUUUCUCGGAGGGUACUCCAGAUGAGGCCGAAAAGUAUGUCGAGUUAUAUCGCGCGAUCGGCCCAAUGAACUCAACAGUGGUGGACACGCAAUAUCCCCAAUUCUCAAAACAUAUGCGCUUCAGCAAACAGGAUGCUGCCUGCCUUGAAGGACAACUUACCGUGCAGCGAUUUCCUGCGAACCUGGAGGUCUAUAAUAUCACCACUCAGAAGGAACUUCUUGUCAAAUUCGGUGACUUGGUCUCUUCGAAUCCUUUCCUCAGCAACUCGUUUUACAUAUUCGAGAACUACGGAUACAAUCGCUCCAAUGGCUAUCUCAUAGCUCCCUGCCUAAUUUACACCAACAGCACCCCAGAAAACGACGAGAUUGCGAGGCAGGGCGGCGAGGCGCUGCGCUCGAUUGCGGUAGCCGGUCGGCAAGACGGCAAGCUCUUUGCAUACGUGAACUACGCAAAUGGCUAUGAGACACUCCAGGAGCUUUAUGGACAUGAUGCAUGGAGGCUUGAGAAACUCAGAAACAUCAAGACAGCUUACGACCCUGAUUCGCGAUUGAAGUUCUAUGCGCCUAUAGUCUAG